CUCCAGGCGUCCGCUCCAAGCAUCGGCCCUCCGAUGUUGCUCCUCGAACAAUUGAACGCUGAGCAGUUUGCAAUCACAAACAUUCUGAUGGAGGAACUGCGAGGCAGAUAGGAGGGAGGAGCAAAGGGCACGUACCACAAAAUCUCGCACACCCGAGUGACAUUUAAGAAGAAAGAUUUAUGGAUGGGUCUCGAUCUGAAGUCCUCGUCACCAUCUUGAGAACGUCCAAUAGGUACACCUCACUCUCUUCUCGCUCACAGUCCUCACGAUGCCCUCUGCCGUUGACCAAAAUUCCAUCCGCCGACGAGGCGUGGGUCUCAUCGCCAGUGACCCGGCCAAGGUUACACGGGGCUACGUGCUGAUUGCACCUCUGACCAGUAGCGAGGUCCACCUCAUCGACGUCGAAGGCAAGACAGCCCACACUUACCAGAUGCCCUACCGCAACGGGCGCCACGCUCGGCUUCUCGACAACGGCAACCUGGCGGUGAACAGCAUCGACCCCAACACUGCGCGCCCCUUCUGGUUCUUCAACAAGUACGGCGGUGGAAUCAUGACGGAGCUGGAACCAGAUUCGGGUAAAGUGGUGCGACGCCAUUGCGACGCGCUGCAACACCACGAUGCUCACCACUACGGUGAUGGCUCUGGGAGAAUCCUCUACACUACCCUGGAGCAGCUGGACCGCCAUGCAUCGGCUAAAGUGCAGGGAGGUGUGCCCGGUAGCGAGGCACCAGGCGGCAGUGUUUGGGCCGAUGUGAUCAAGGAGGUAGACGAUUCAGGUAACACGACGUGGGAGUGGCGUGCCUCGGAUCACCUAGACCGCUCCACCUUCCCUCUUCAAGCGCCUUAUCCUCGUGAACACUGGCCACUGAUCAAUUCCGUCGUCCCACUGCAAGACGGUAACGUCCUAGUGUCACUGCGAUCGGUCUCUGCAGUCUUGAUCAUCUCCCGCGAGAAUGGCUCCAUCCUCUGGCACCUGGAUUCGACCGUCGUAGCGCAGCAGCAUUGCGCUAGCGAGAUUCUCCCCUCAGGGAAUAUCCUCAUCUUCGAUAAUGGCGCCUUCAGGUAUCGCGAGUCGUUCCAGUACACUAGGGCUCUGGAGGUGGAGCGCGCUACAAAGAAGAUUGUUUGGCAGUGGACGGACCCCUCAAAGGAGCGCUUCUACACGCCCUUCAUGGGAGGAGCGCAGCGUUUGGGCGUUGCAGCUUCUGCUGCCCGUCAGACCAAUGGUCACGCUGAGAGACACGCAAAUGGUCACGCUGAGGGACACGCAAAUGGUCACGCAAAUGGUCACGCAAAUGGUCACAUCAACGGCAACACCAACAGCGUUCUCACACCCUACCAUCCUCAGGGCAACACCCUCCUGACAGAGAGUGCCUUUGGUCGAAUCAUCGAGGUGGACGACGAGGACAACGUGUGUUGGGAGUGGUACAAUCCUCACUUUAGCAUCUAUGCCGAGGAGCACGUGCGGUCUGUCUUCCCCGGCGAGUCCAAUGCGCUAUUCAGGGCCUACAAGUACCCAGAGGAGAGGUUUCAGUGGCUGGUACAGCGGCAGAAGGAGGGAGGGGAGGCGCAGACGAUGACUGUUGCUUAGAUGACACUAGACAGCGCCGCCUUUGGACGUGUCUUGUCGUUGAAUAUCGCGAUUUGUACUUCUACCGGGUCUUAUUGUUCCGUCAGAGUAAAUGGUACUCAUACCGGCCUCUUUGCGCUUGAAUCUGCUCAAGACAGCGACGACGUGAAAGAAUUGAUCGUGUCCAGCAGUUCCUUCGAUAGAUCACCAGGCGAAGACAGUCCAUCGAGUCCUGCCCCGUCAAAUGUACCAAAGACGUCGCCCGACGCGCCAACAGCAGCAUCCUGCGACAGCCAACCUUCCAGCGCCGACUCCCAUGUGGUGGGCUGU